AUGUCUGAGCAAUUGCAAGAAGAAAAACCUGCUCGUCAGGAAGAGGUUGAGGCCAGAACAGAGGGUGAUAAAAAGGAAGAGUUAUCCGGAAAGGAAGAAAAGCCUGAAGAACCUGCAAAGCGGAAGAAUGAGGAUGAGUCUCAGGAGAAAAAGAAGAAGAGAAAACACUCUAGGCGCAAGUACGACGAUGUUCCACCUGCAGAUGAUAAAGACUCCGACGAGGAGGAGGAAGAAGAAGUCGACGAUGACAAUCUCGUUGCUGAAGAAGAAGAGGAAGAUGACCUGCAGGAGAUUGACACUGCCAACAUCAUCACCACUGGAAGAAGAACUCGUGGCAGGGUCGUCGACUACAGCAAAGUCAGCGAGCAAUUGAGCAAAGAGGAAAACACCUCUCUCAACGACGAUGAUGGUGAGGAAGAUGGAGAUUUUAAAGAGCCUGAGACAAAAGAUCAAUAAACAACAUGAUGGUAUUAACGAGUCAAUCAAUAUACAUGAUAUUAGAAUCAAGGGAGUUAUGUUUAGCAACAGCCAGAAUUUUUUGAAAUCUUCUGAUCCUUAGGAGCGGGUGUGAGCGUAAUGGUUUGUCCUCCAAGGUUUUUGUUAGCAGAAGAAUCCAUGCCAUCCAUAUCGAAUUUUCUUUUUGAAACCAUUUCGUAGAUGUUUUUGAUAAGUUGAUGGAAGGUAAGCUCGACGUUUUCGGCGUUCAAUGCAGAAGCUUCAGUAAAUAACAGAUUAUUCUCAGCAGCGAAUUCUUUAGCUUCUUCAGUGGGGACUGCCCUCAGAUGAUCCAAAUCGGAUUUGUUGCCAACAAGAGCUAUCACUAUGUUUGCGUCGGCAUGUUCUUUCAUUUCUCUGAGCCAUCUAGAGACCGAUUCGUAUGAGUUCGAGCUGGAUAUGUCAUAAACAACAAGCGCCCCCACCGCUCCUCUAUAGUACGCAGCAGUGAUUGCUCUGUAUCUUUCCUGUCCCGCAGUAUCCCAGAUCUGAGCCUUAACUCUUUUACCAUCGAUCUCCACCGUUCUCGUGGCAAAUUCGACGCCUAUAGUGGCCCGGGAGUCCGGGUUGAACUCGUCUCUUGUGAAUCUAGACAAAAGGUUGGUUUUUCCGACCGAAGAAUCUCCGAUGAGAACAACUAUUUUGAGUUAGUAUGAAAGCAAUUUGUUGAAACUCACUUUUAAAAAGGUAUUCGUAGUCGUAUGAGUAAUCCUCUGCAGUAUCCGCCAUGAUAUUAGUAAUUAUGUGUUUGAAAAACCUGAACCUGUAUUGAGUUAAC